UCACGGUUAGCAUUCCCCCUUUAUCCCUGGGAAGCAGAUCAGACACGGGCAGGGGAAAUAUACUGACUAGAGAGGAGAUUCUCGCUCUCAGAACUGCUAAAUAAUGGUAUUCUUGGUGGUGGUUUAAGCUGUUUAUUUUGUCCCUUCCGUUGCCCAACACAACGUGAUGCCCAGCCUUAGGCCCAGGGCAUGGAUGACCUGUACAGCCAUCAACUCCACUAUCCACGUGAUAAUCUCGCCGAAAUAGGCCGCUAAACCUGAAAUGGACGUUCGGGAAGGCAAGUACAGCAAGGCAUGACGAAAGAGCACAGAACUACGGUGGGCUAUUCAUAUCGGAGAUACAACUUUGCCAUCCAUAUCCCUCAAGGCAGCUGUGCUAUUUGAGGUUCCCUACGCUUCGACAUAGAUACCCAGGGAAUUGUUUUACCUUUGAAGCUGAUACCAGCAGCUGGUCUACGCUUUUACUCUACGAGGCACUACUCACUCACUUACUCAUUCCUUGCCUAGAAGCGGCAAAUCAAAAGCGUUGUUUCAACUCUGCCCGCACUGUGUCCGCCACAGCUCACAGCACGAUGAACCGCCUCUUCGGCGCAAAGAGCACGGGUCCCAAGCCCACGCUCGACGGCGCAAUCAGCAAUGUUGACAACCGCGUCUCCUCCAUCGACGUGAAGCUGGCCAGCAUCAACGCCGAGCUCUCGACCUACCAAGCCAAGCUAUCCAAGAUGCGCGACGGCCCCGGCAAAAACGCCAUCAAGCAGAAGGCGCUCAAGGUGCUGCAGCGGCGCAAGAUGUACGAAGGCCAGCGCGAGCAGUUGGAGCAGCAGUCGUGGAACAUGCAGCAGGCGGGGAUGAUGACGGAUAACCUCAAGAACGUGAUGACGACGGUGGAUGUGAUGAAGCAGACCAACAAGAGCUUGAAGCAGCAGUAUGGGAAGAUUGAUAUCGAUAAGAUCGAGAGGAUGCAGGAUGAGAUGGCGGAUUUGAUGGAUAUUGGGAAUGAUAUCCAGGAGAGCAUUAGUCGGAGUUAUGAUGUUCCGGAGGAUGUGGAUGAGGCGGAGUUAGAUGCUGAGCUGGAGGCGCUGGGCGAUGAGAUGGAGUUUGAGGGGCUGGGACAGAGCGAGGCCACGCCAAGCUUCAUGGUCGACGAGGUGCCGCAGUUCAUUGACGAGGCGCCAAAUACGGGGGAUAAAGUGCAGGAAGCGGCACGGUAGCAAAGGUGGAGUGGUGUCUUAGCAGUGGCGUUUGGGAUAGGAAUGAUGGCGUUUGUGGAAUUAGCAUGGCACGGCAUAAACAAGGCGAUGGUCGACGCGGUUGACGCGUGGUCGAGCUGAGGGAAGGCACGCGGGGUUCACGUUGACGUCAGGAGAGA